AUGAACGGCCUUUUAAGGCAGGAGGCCCCGGUUUCGCGUGGCUUCUGCCUGUCCCUCUCUCUCCUUCUCUCUGUGUGCGAACGUUCAAGAAAGCGAGAACGGGGAGAUAUAGUGGGGAGGAAGAUCAGGCGUGUGCCUCGAACCUGCCUGCCUUGCGCCCUGUCGCCGUAGAAAUCCAUGAGCGUCUGCGUCACCCUCAUAUGGACUCAACUCCGAUCGAUGAUCCAUCUCUUCACACCGCAGACGGCGACGAAUGGGAUGCUGAUGGAUUUGUGAUUCCAAGCAUAGCGGUAAGACAGCCAGAUCUUGCCAAGCCAGAUGUGCCAACCUUGAAUAAUAGUCAGAAUUCAUCGUUCAAGGCUGUAAAGGACGAAGAGAACAUCUAUUUGGGUCCUCACGGUGCUCCUCCACGCGUGAAGCAACAAGAAUUGAAUUCUACUGGACGGAAACAACGACUCAAAAAUAAACUAAAGGAAGCAGACAAGAGGUUCUCUGGCCCGGGGCGAGAAAAUAAGGUUGAAAAUCUGCGGGAGCUUGUGGGCAGCAAGGUAGGUGUGAAAAUGACGAAGAGCUCGCCUCGUGAUUGGCUGGAUCCACACUGCCAUGAAUCUUUGUUUGAGAAGUCCCAUUAGAAGCUUUCUAUAAAUUUUUUUAUCUUGACUGGUCUUCUGAGCUGGAGGGUUGAUUUCUUUCCCUUUUAUACUUUGUGUGUUUCACUAGUUACUGAACUGCGGUAUAUAUGUUUCUAGAAGAAUCUUCUGAGACUUUUAUCAUUGCUAAUUGUCAAGUACUGCACCUUAAAAUUA